AUGCCAUCGUCGUUACAGAACCAACUACUCAUACCCCAGGCGUAUUUGACCAACUUCCACAAUAGAAUAAGGAACGAUGACGUUCCCAUGUUCGUGAGCGCACAACCAACAAGAGGUCAUAAGAGAGCGAAAGUAGUCAAUUAUGCGGAAUUCGAUAACGAUUUGUUUGAUGACUUCACCAACGGUGGUAGCACCAUGCCUGGGAUUGAUGGACCAACUGGUUCCAUUAACGAUCAAAACGAAACCGGGGAAAAUGGCGAACAUCAGGAGAGUGCGGAGGAUAAACUAUUAAAUGCUGCAUUACCUGAUAUUCAAGAUCAAGAGGAACAGAUAAGUAUAUUGAAGUAUCCAAAGAUAAGGGAGACGUUUCUACAGAGUAAAGUUGCCACUCCAUACAGACUGAACGUCAACGAGACGACAUCGGCAGGGAAUAAUGAACCGAUAAUAAUACCGAUCCAUUUGGACGUGGAAUAUAGCGGUCAUACAAUACAUGAUUCAUUUACAUGGAAUAUCAAUGAUCAUUCCAUCACGCCGGAGGAAUUUGCUACUAUUUAUUGUAAAGAUUUAGAUUUUUUUAACGCUACAACAUUACAUUCACAAAUUGUGUCUACCAUAAAUGAACAAAUUCAUGAAUAUGAAACGGUAGCUGCUGUUGUGGUUCCUGAUUUGCAUGUCAUAAUUAAUCUUACAUGUUCUUUAAAGAAUAAACUAUAUGAGGAUAAUUUCCAAUGGAAUUUAAAUGAUAAUUCCUUGACUCCGGAGAUGUUCGCUUCCAUUAUAGUGAGUGACUUGGGUCUAACGAGAGAGUUUAUUCCUACCAUUUCAUAUGCUUUACACGAUUACCUUUUGAAAGUGAAAAAGGAUUGGUUGGAAGGUCAUUUAAACCAAGAUCAUGUACCCAAUGGGGCAGCAUUUGGCUAUCUUUCAGGUAUUAGAUUGGAUAUUGAUGAACUGGGUGCUACAUGGUGUCCCAGAGUGGAAGAAUUGACAGCAGAAGAGAUACAAAGACGUGAAAUUGAAAAGGAAAGAAACUUGAGAAGAUUAAAGAGAGAAUCCGAUAGAAUGAGUAGGAGGGGCAGAAGGAGACUUGAUGAAUUGGAGACUACUUUGAGAAUCUAA